AUGGGACCGCAGACAGCGGCAUCAGACAUGAUUUACACCAUCGAGGAUGUCCCACCCUGGUACCUGUGUAUUCUACUGGGACUCCAGCAUUACCUGACUUGUUUCAGUGGCACUGUAGCGGUGCCUUUUCUCCUGGCUGAGGCCAUGUGUGUUGGUCGAGACCAAAGCACCAUCAGUCAGCUGAUUGGAACCAUUUUCACCACUGUUGGAAUCACAACUCUGAUCCAAACCACCGUGGGAGUCAGACUCCCUCUGUUUCAGGCCAGUGCAUUUGCAUUCCUGAUUCCCGCUCAGGCGAUCCUCAGUCUGGACAGGUGGAAGUGUCCCCCUGAAGAGAUUUAUGGGAACUGGAGUCUUCCACUGAAUACCUCACACAUCUGGCAGCCUCGUAUCAGAGAGAUUCAGGGGGCCAUCGUGGUGUCCAGCCUAGUGGAGGUACUGAUUGGUCUGUGUGGGCUUCCUGGUCUGCUGCUCGAGUACAUCGGUCCGCUGACCAUCACUCCAACUGUCUCAUUGAUUGGCCUGUCGGUGUUCACCACCGCUGGAGACAGAGCAGGGUCCCACUGGGGCCUGUCUGUGCUGUGUAUUUUGCUGAUCGUGCUGUUUGCUCAGUACCUGAGAGCAACAUCACUUCCUGUUCCUGUUUACAGCAGAGAGAAAGGACUGACAUUGACCAGAGUCCAGAUCUUCAAGAUGUUUCCUAUCAUCCUCGCCAUCAUGGUGGUUUGGCUUGUCUGCUACAUCCUGACUCUAACUAACCUGUUGCCAAGUGACCCUGAUCGCUAUGGGCACAAAGGUCGGACUGAUGCCCGUGGUGACAUCAUGACCUCAUCACCCUGGUUCAGGGUGCCGUACCCUUGCCAGUGGGGGUUACCGGUGGUAACGGUUGCUGGAGUGCUGGGGAUGCUGAGUGCAACCAUGGCAGGUAUCGUGGAAUCGAUCGGAGAUUACUACAUAUGCGCUCGUCUUUCUGGAGCCACGCCCCCACCGGUACACGCUAUCAACAGAGGAAUUUUCACUGAGGGUGUCUGCUGCAUCAUCGCUGGUCUGUUAGGGACAGGAAACGGCUCCACCUCCUCCAGUCCAAAUAUUGGCGUCCUGGGACUCACCAAGGUGGGCAGCAGGCGGGUGGUGCAGUACGGAGCUGGCAUCAUGUUCCUACUUGGAUCUGUCGGGAAGUUUACAGCCCUGUUCGCCUCGCUGCCAGACCCGAUACUCGGAGGUCUGUUCUGCACUCUGUUUGGUAUGAUCACAGCUGUUGGCCUGUCCAACCUACAGCUGGUGGAUCUGAACUCAUCCAGAAACCUGUUUGUUCUCGGGUUCUCCAUGUUCUUCGGUCUGACACUGCCUACGUACCUGGACACACACCCCAACUCCAUCAGAACAGGUUUUGCAGAGCUCGAUCAGAUCCUGACAGUUCUUCUUUCCACUGAAAUGUUUGUUGGAGGUUUUCUGGCUUUUUGUCUCGACAACUCAAUACCAGGUUCCCGUCAGGAGCGUGGGCUGGUUGGCUGGAGGUCCUCCGACUCAUCCUCUUCCUGCUCCUAUGACCUGCCUGUCGGGAUGGACAUGGUCAGACGGACUCGCUGGCUCCGACGGUUUCCCAUCAGCCCCUCCUUCACAGGUUUCAGGGCAUCCAAUGAUGUGCCGCCACCUGAACAGGAGGAGGAAGGGGAAGAGGAGGGAGCUGCUGACGUCCACCUGUCCAGCACCAAGGUGUGAGGAUGACAUCAUCCUCACACCUGCCAGGUGGCUGAACUGAGAGCUGGAAGCUGUUGUGUCCAUAUCACACUGUAUCACUUUA